UCGUCCGUCACAUCCAGGAUGGUUCUAAACGUGCAUCUACAAUGGCCGCACGAUGUCCCAUUCCGGAAUCAGAGAUAAGAAAGUACGCGGAAGCGAGCCCCUGCCUCGACGUGCAGUGGAAACUGUCAGCGUUGCACCGUUUCCUGGCGAAGUUGAAGGCCAGCGGCGCUAACCUGCUCCUGCCUUGCGGAAAGGCGGAAAGCGACGAUCUGCCGGACUGCUGGAUUGGAUCGAAUGUGGUCGUUCUUAACAGCGUGCUCCUGAAUGCCUCUUUGGAACUGCGCGAGGACAAACCGGGUGUACUGUCACUGGUCACUUUAGUGGCGAGACGCAGAGCCGAGCUUCCUGAUGCAGCACUGUCUGACGCAGCUUUUCUUGUGCACUGGCUCUUAUGCUACCACCGCUGUCUGCGAACGGUUCACCUGGAGUUCGACACAGUCCUUUGUCUUUGUGCGCCAACUGUCGUCGCUGGGGCACUGCGACGUGGAUCCAGCGUGGUGUGUCUCAGGCUCAGCAUAGGCAGCGUGGCGGAGAGAACACAGGUACAACCAGUUUUGACGUCUGUGCUUGAGUCCAUGGUCAAUCUGGAAGUACUGGACCUGGGUGGAGUGACUCUAAACUACGCAACCGUGGGUGGCGUUGUAGCAGUACUGAAGAGUGGCCGCCUCCGUACUUUGGUCCUCGGUACCUGCCCACAGGGUAAGAAGGUUGCCCACAGGCUUUCACGCGCCGUGCGGAAAUGCGCAGGUCUUGCUUCGCUUGCCGUAAACGGCAGAGUAAGAUGCUUCCCUGAAAUCCCGUCUCUUCUGCAGACAAACACUACCCUGAGGAGCGUAUCGCUGUCAGGGGUGACAGGGGAGCUCGUCGGCGAAGUCUUGCUUUGCUUGGCGCGCAACGAUACCCUCGAAGAACUCUGCCUCAGCGACGCCGCCUUGGGUGAUUUUCCGUUGACAAUUGAACACAUCUACAGGUUCGCCGAGAACCGGCACCUCAGGGUCCUGAAAUUGACACGCCUGGAACUCGGCGACGCUGCUGCCAUGGCGUUCGCAGAGUUGCUCCGCGAGAACGUGACUUUAGAAGAAGUGGACUUCUCUGGUAGCUGCGUAGGAGACUUCGGCGCGCAUGCAUUGGCCGAAGCCCUAACAGUGAACAGGUCGUUGAAGGCACUGUGGUUGGAGCAGAGCCAACUCACCGACCGCGCAGUAGAUACGUUUGCUAGAGCUCUCUCGCUGAAUGAGUGCGUCGAGAGGGUUAGCUUGGGGAUUGUGGCCUUGCCCGAAGAAUGGUGUCUGCCUGCGGACGUCUGCGACUUCAACAAGCUUUGCGGGCGCUUGGAAGUGACGUGGAACACCUGGGGACUCGAACGGAUGAGCAGCUGCUUGAGCAGCGUGAGCAGGGAGCACCCGUUACGCGCCAGGGCGAUUAAGCUGUGCUGGACUCGCCAAGCAACCAUUGGCGGUGUUCGCGCCCUUUUCGCCACUGCGUCCAGUUUAACAUUUCUUAACGAGCUAGUCGUUGGGAAUAUGCACUCCGAUGAGCAGGGCUUCGCAGAAGCCAUUGCCAAGUUACUGGUCUCGACCAAUGCGCUCAAGAAGCUAGAGCUACGCGAGUUGACCGGCGCCAACAACAUCGUGCGAGUUAUUCUGAAUGCUUUGGCGCGAAAUUCUACUGUAUGCUACGCUUGUUUUUCUUGUAGUUUGGGUACCGUCGGCGUCGCCAACGCUUUGAAGGCGGUGCUAAAUACCAACGACACGCUUCACUGUAUUAGGUUUCGGAGCCUUCAUAUGCGUGACAUACCUUUGGCCAGAUUCGUCCAGGGUAUUAGAGGCAACAACGUCCUCACCGAUUUCUCGUUCGACACCGUGCCAAAUAAAGAAGACGUGCAAGAUUUGUGGAGCUUGCUGUGGCGGAACAGGUGCCUCCUCAGUCGAGCUGUGAAACACGCUCGGGGUAUUUCAGUGGACAGGGAGUCCAUGGAGGCAUUCAGCACGCUCGCGGGCCGAGACUCUCUGAUCUGUGCACUUAUCGAGGCUACCGGUAAAACGUCGGCUCAGUGCAAGGACAUUGUGAGCCGGGUGCUAUGCAAACAGAAAAAGACAAAGCAAAUGGAAAUAACGAGUGUAUACCAUCGCUGACUCAUUUUCAAGGCCUCGUGCUACGGCCAGUGUUAUCACUCCUGCACCGAAACUUUUCAUAGCAGAACUCUAUGGCUUGCAAAAAGUGCUUUGUCGUGGCCUUCGUUACCGUGUCCCCUCGCUUCUCUCCAUCGGGGUUUUGUGCUUCGGGUGACGAACGUGUUGGAUGCCUCGAUAGCACGCGUGUCAUCGUACCCUGCACUUACAUCGAGAUGCCUUACACGAUUGCGCGUUGUCUUCGCCUCCGAAAUGGCUCCCUCUUGGGUGGUUCCAUUGAUAUCGUUUUUGACUGCGGUGGAAGAACGCCUUGCGGUCGAAAUCAGAGGAUGUGUAUCUGUCAAGCGUAACUAUGCAUGAGCGGCUUUUUCUUUUUUUACAUUGAUGGAAAUAAACAGUUGAGUUUUUCA